AUGAUAUAACAAAUAUUAAACAAAUUUUUUUAAUUUUAGAAUCUCAGUCAGUAUACAAGAUAAAAUAAUUAAGUAAUUUUUAUUAUAAAAACUAGAUUGAAUAUGAACCAAAAGAAAUAGGAGUUUUAUAACAUUCAAUAAUUCAGGUUUUAUAUAGACACUCAACUAAUAAAAUCUAAAUUUAAAGAAUUCAAAUUCAUUAUUAAAUAACUAACUCUCAAAAAGGAUAAAAUAGCUUAGUAAAUUUACAAAUUUUAAAAAUUAAAUUAAAUUCAUACAAUAACAAACUUAAGAGGAAGAUUUUGGGAGUAGAAGAAAUGAAGUAUCAUCCAAAUAAUUAUAACAAAAUAUGA